AUGACCAAGCCAAACCUUAGUGACCUAGAGCGGAAAGUAGCCAUCGAUGAGCUUCUACGAAUCAACAACAUCGGUACACUGCCUCGGGGAGCAUACCCAAAGGUUGCAACUGGUAUGGGGCGCGACCCGACCACUAUUAGCGCUAUCUGGAAGCGGUACGCUGUCACAGUUGGCGCAGCCGUCCUAGGAGGUGAAUGGAUAAGCAAGAUUAAGAAGAACAGCGGAAGAAAGCGAAAAAAUCGAGACGAAGUGCGCGAGAAGCUGGCUUCUGUCUAUAUCGAAGACAAUACUGUUGAAAGGCGGGCUGCGGUCAAUGCCGGACUCUCCCGCUACAUGGUGCGGCAGGCAGUGAAGGAAGGCGUCCUUGCACGCCGGACGACGUUCGUCAAGUCAGCAUUGACGCCAAACAACAAGCUAAGACCGAGACAAGCGUUUGUACCUUGUUUUAGAAGGCGAAAAGCUUCCUUCCCGGGUGUGAAAGAGCAAGCGGUACGACUCUCACCGGAAACAGGAAUGGGAUGGGUUGGCAAGGUCGGAAUCUGGUCUUUUACAGAGACUUAUGAAGCCAAACGACGAAGCAAAAACAGAGACAAAGGAGCGCUUUGUACCCGCAAUAUCGACUCUGUCGACCGUGACGUGUACAGGGACUACUUGCUCGAGAAAGUUUUUCCUGCAAUCAAAGCCAAAUGGCCCAGGAAGGACCGCCACCAAAUUUUCUUCGUACAACAAGAUAAUGCCAAGCCGCAUGCGCUACAUCGGACCCAGCCAUCCUCCCCGCUGGAACAGAAGGUGGAUGGAACAUCAGACUGUUCUGUCAAGCGCCGAAUUCGCCAGAUCUCAAUGCGCUAG